CUGAAAUCAGUUCACCUUCAAAGGCAGAAACUUUUCUUUGAGACGCCAUCAUCUAACGCCAACAUGAAGUGGCUACUGCUGCUCUGCCUGUGUGUCUACGCUGUGCGUUGUCAAGACGAUUAUGACGAAUAUGACCUGGGGGACAAAACAGAUCCCAAAAAAGUGGUAGACCCUCGCGGCCACCGUCCCUUGUCGAGAGGGAGUGAGACCUACUCCCCCGUCCGCAACAACCCCCCUCCCGUCAGCGGCGGCAGCCAAUACCGUGGGCGACCCACGGCGGCUCCCGCCAGAGGCGUGGCAGCGCAGGAGAAGGAUGAGCAACCGGAGGCUGGAGGGUGUACACAUGCCUCAGAACAAAUGGGGGUGCUGUGUCCUACCGGCUGUGAGCUAAAGACGGCCAUGCUGAAACAAGAGAGGAACGUGAAAGAUGAAGUGAAGAGGAUGCAGAAAGAUGUUGACGAACUGUCGAGAUCCUCUAACACCAUCUAUAACUACGUAGACGGCAUGUCCUCCGCGCUGAGAGAGAGACAACUAGUCAGCAACGAGAAUGGUGACCUGGUGAGUCAGUACACGGACAGUCUGGAGUCCCAGCAUGCCUUUGCAAAGGAGGCUAUAGACACAGUCUUCCCUUCUAACAUUAGGAUUCUUCAAGGGGUCCUUGAGAAGAUCCGGUUGAAGAUUCAGAGAGUGGAGAAGGCUAUCCUGGCGCAGAGGGAAGAAUGCAAGGAGCCGUGCACUGUCUCCUGCCCCAUACCUGUUGUCUCUGGUAAGGAGUGUGAGGACAUCUUCAGGAAAGGAGGAAGGGAUUCUGGGAUGUAUCUGAUCCAGCCUGACUCCUUCUACCAGCCCUACAAGGUCUACUGUGACCAGACCACACAGAAAGGAGGCUGGACCACUAUCCAGAACAGGAAGGAUGGUUCUGUGGACUUUGGCCGACGUUGGGACAACUACCGCAGUGGUUUCGGAAAUAUCGCCUUCGACGUCGGAAAGGGACAUUGCAACACUCCGGGGGAGUACUGGCUGGGUAACGACCGCAUCAGUCAGCUGACCAAGCAGGGACCCACUGAGGUCCUCAUGGAGAUGGAGGAUUGGUCCGGGAACAAGGUCCACGCCCAGUACCGAAAGUUUACUAUACAGGGCGAGACCUCCAACUACAUGUUGGCAAUCGAUGGGUAUUCUGGAACGGCCGGUAACGUGAUGCUGGACGGAGCUACGACGCUGUUUGGAGAGAACCGGACCAUGACCAUCCACAAUGGAAUGAUGUUCAGCACCUACGACAGAGACAACGAUAACUGGACUCCAGGUGAUCCGUCCAAGCAGUGCUCCCGUGAGGACGGCGGUGGUUGGUGGUACAACAGGUGUCACUCAGCCAAUCCCAACGGCCGUUACUACUGGGGCGGGGCUUACUCGCGGUACAUGGCAAAACACGGGACGGAUGACGGCAUGGUGUGGAUGAACUGGAAGGGAUCCUGGUACUCUCUCAAAGCCAUCUGCAUGAAGAUCAGGCCCUACUUCGCCUCGCGGUAGACACACACAGGGACACACACAGGGACACACACAGGAACACGCACAGAGACACACAGAGACACACACAGGGACACACAGAGAGACACAGGAAGUGACCUUUAGCUGAAUCAGUUCAAAAACAAAGGUUUGCACCCCUUUCGGUACCCAGGACGAUUCAACUCUCACCCUACAAGGUCCGUAGAUGACUUUCUGUUCUACCUAAUAAUUAACUGCACCCACCUGGUAGUCCCAGGUCUAAAUCAGCCCCAAUGUGUCAUAAUCAUAAUCUGAUCGCAAUCUCUGAAACACUAAAGGAAAUGUAUAAUUACUUCAAUAGGGGCUUUUUUUAAAGACACUACAGAGGAACAAAUGGUGCAUGACGCAAGCGGAAAAGAGAGAGAAAAGCGAUGUUGUUGUUUCAAACCUGAACCUGAUGUCUUAAUUAUUAUUUUUUUAUAUAUAAGGUUGAACAGAGAAAAGUCAAGUAAAAAGAGGAGUUUAAAAGAAGAUUAAAAAAACAUAUGUGUUGUCGAUGUGUGAUGUGAUGUGUGUAUGAUUGUCCCUUACGUUACUCAAUAAAAACAUAUUGUGGAACUUA